AUGGCGGCCCCGCCGGCCCAGGAGCCGAUGCUGAGGCAGCCGCCGCCGCCGCCGCUGCUUCCUCGGGAGUCGGACGAAAACGGCUGCGGAAACAGCGCCCCCGAGGACCCGGUGGAAGAAACAGCUGACUCGCCCUACCUGCGCGCGCGACGCAAGCUGGAGAACCUCCUGAAUAAGAGUUUGCGGAUACGUAUGACCGACGGACGGACCCUCGUGGGCUGUUUCUUGUGCACUGACCGGGACUGCAAUGUCAUCCUGGGUUCUGCCCAAGAAUACCUGAAGCCCACAGCCCUGGCUGCCUCUUUUGGAAGCUGCGAGAUUUACCUUUGGGCAGCAGUUUUUGCUAUCGCAAAAGUUGUGGACUUUCUGCUUUUUAAUCGAGCGGAGAUGCCCCCUCUUCCGGCUCAGAAGUCAAGCCCUCUGCAAUAG